AUGGCGGACAUAGCGCUGCUGGUGGUUGAGGAGUUGGAGCGGGGGACAAAGAGGGCAGCAGCACUGAGGCGGAGGAGCCAAGAACUGCCAGGUGGUGAUGCCUGCUGCCAUGCUUCCGCUUUCGCCUCCGACUCCGAUACGAGGAAGCAGAGCGCUUGGGCGAUGAUGGCAUCUGUACCUGGGGUGGGCGUGCCGGUGCCGGUGCCGGGGACAGAGACAGCGGGGGCUCUGGGGCUGGCCGCCGCCGCCGCCUUCUUCUCCGCCUAG